GGGUUGGCCGAGGGCGGUUCUGUGCACUGGACCCACGUCCUUCAGCCACAGCCUGCAGCAGCUGUGGGCGAGGCUGGGCGGGGACUCGGAGGAGGAGGGGGAACCCACUCCUUCGCGUUCUGUGCAGUUGCCCCCUGUCAUGCCUGGUCUGCUGCAGAGUCUCCCCUCUUGGUGCAUCCGAUUCUGCGCGCCAAUUCCGGAAGUGGGCUAGCGCCGAGGAGUUCUGCUUCAGGGACGCCGUGGCGGCCACUGCACCUCGUCCCACCUCCUCGGCCCUAGGCGCUGUGGUAUCAGCAGGCCCCAAGCCAAUGACGGGGCAGGGCCAGUCGGCGCCCGGGUCCACGGUGUGGAGCACGAUAUUCCGCCAUGUCCGGUAUGAGAACCUGGUGGCGGGUGUGAGCGGCGGAGUCCUGUCCAACUUCGCGCUGCACCCGCUGGACCUAGUGAAGAUACGCUUUGCAGUGAGUGAUGGAUUGGAACUGAGGCCAAAAUAUAAAGGAAUUCUGCAUUGCUUGACUACCAUUUGGAAACUUGAUGGACUCCGGGGCCUUUACCAAGGAGUAACCCCAAAUGUAUGGGGUGCAGGUUUAUCCUGGGGACUCUACUUUUUCUUUUACAAUGCCAUCAAAUCAUAUAAGACAGAAGGGAGAGCUGAACGGUUAGAGGCAACAGAAUACCUUGUCUCAGCUGCCGAAGCUGGAGCCAUGACUCUCUGCAUUACAAACCCAUUCUGGGUAGCAAAAACUCGCCUUAUGUUGCAGUAUGAUAGUGUUGUUAACUCCUCACAGCGGCAAUAUAAAGGAAUGUUUGAUACACUUUGGAAAAUAUAUAAGCAUGAAGGUGUGCGUGGGUUGUAUAAGGGGUUUGUUCCUGGGCUGUUUGGAACAUCACAUGGUGCCCUUCAGUUUAUGGCAUAUGAAUUGUUGAAGUUGAAAUACAACCAGCAUAUCAACAGAUUGCCAGAAGCCCAGUUGAGCACAGUAGAAUAUAUAUCUGUUGCAGCACUAUCCAAGAUAUUUGCUGUAGCAGCAACGUACCCAUAUCAAGUUGUGAGAGCACGUCUUCAGGAUCAGCAUAUGUCUUACAAGGGUGUAUUGGAUGUCAUUAUGAAGACAUGGAGGAAAGAAGGCAUCGGUGGAUUUUAUAAAGGAAUUGCUCCCAAUCUGAUUAGAGUGACUCCAGCCUGCUGUAUUACCUUCGUGGUAUAUGAAAAUGUGUCUCAUUUUUUACUUAGCCUUAGAGAAGAGAAAAAGUGAGCUAAAAGAAGAUAAAUUCAGUACACCUGCCCAAGGCAGCAACAUAUUCCUUUGUGUUUGAAAUGUAAAACUCAGAAUACUACACGGCAAGACGGCUCAUAAUUAAAAUGGGUCUAUAAUCACUAGAAGUCAAAAAA